AAAUAUAGUGUAUAUAUAUAUAUAUAUAUAUAUAUAAAUAAACGUUAAAUUUAUAUACUGAAUAUAGCAGAGGAGGAGGGGAGGUGGCCCGGAAAGUCCUGGCACUGGUUAAACUCUUCCCCACCGGCCGGAGAGAGACAGGGACGACGACGAAAUAGAGAGAGAGAUAGAGGGAGAGAGGGGGGGCAUCGUCUUCUUUACCCUAAAACCCUGUCUUCUGUCUCGAUAUAUCUUUCCCCACUGUGAUCUGAGGCCUCUCUUUGGAUUUUCUGUCUCGGAGUUUGACCGUCUUUCGAUCUCUUGGUGUAUUGCGAGAUGGGUUUUUAACUUAUCUUGCGGAUGGAGGAUGCUUGGGAUUGCAGCUGGAGUAUUUUUUAACAAAAGGCCUAAAGCUUUCUUUAACGUUUGGGGGGAAGGCAAGGCUCCAGUUGUUUUGGGUGAAUAUGUGUCAGUUAUAAUUGGUUUGAGGUGAAACCCUUCAAGAUGACACGGGGCAGAAUAAGGGCGAGGCUGAAACGGAGCAGUCUUUACACAUUUGCAUGUGUUCGGCCAAGUGCUACUGAGAUUGCAGGGCCACAUUCCUUCCAAGGCCCUGGGUUCUCACGAAUUGUGCACUGCAACCAACCUUAUAUCCAUAGGAAGAAACCUCUGAAUUACUGUUCGAAUUACAUAUCAACCACAAAGUACAAUGUCGUUACAUUCCUUCCUAAGGCGAUCUUUGAGCAGUUCCGGCGGGUUGCCAAUCUGUACUUCCUUCUGGCUGCAAUUCUUUCAUUGACACCCAUUUCACCAUUCACUCCUGUGAGUAUGAUUGCACCUUUAGCAUUUGUUGUGGGGCUUAGUAUGGCAAAGGAAGCUUUGGAAGAUUGGCGUAGGUUUAUUCAGGACAUGAAGGUUAACGCACGAAAAGCUAGUGUUCAUAAAGGGAAUGGUGUAUUUGGUUAUAAACCGUGGCAAAAAAUUAGGGUAGGGGAUGUGGUGAAAGUGGAAAAAGAUCAAUUUUUUCCUGCAGAUUUGCUUCUGUUAUCAUCAAGUUAUGAUGAUGGGAUUUGUUAUGUGGAGACUAUGAACUUAGAUGGCGAGACAAAUUUGAAGGUGAAGAGAUCUCUAGAGGUAACCCUGUCCUUGGACAAUGAUGCAGCUUUCAAGGAUUUCACUGGAAUUAUCAGAUGUGAAGAUCCAAACCCCAAUCUUUACACCUUUGUGGGAAAUUUUGAGUAUGAUCGUCAAGUAUAUCCCCUCGAUCCUGGUCAGAUCCUCCUCAGGGAUUCAAAGCUUAGGAAUACAGCAUUCAUAUAUGGAGUGGUAAUCUUUACUGGUCAUGAUAGCAAAGUCAUGCAAAAUGGAACAAAGUCACCCUCAAAGCGGAGCGGAAUAGAAAGAAAAAUGGACCAUAUUAUUUACUUUCUCUUUACCCUCCUUGUAUUGAUUUCAUUGAUCAGCUCAAUAGGCUUUUCUGUGAAGACAAAGUUCCAGAUGCCAGAUUGGUGGUACCUAAUGCCCCAGAAUACUACAGACUUUUAUGAUCCCAAUAACGCUGCUCUGUCAGGAAUUUUCCAUCUGAUCACUGCUCUUAUCAUGUAUGGAUAUUUAAUUCCCAUCUCACUGUAUGUUUCGAUUGAGGUUGUGAAGGUCCUACAGGCUACCUUCAUUAACCAGGACGUGCACAUGUAUGAUGAAGAGUCUGGAAAUCCUGCUCAAGCACGGACCUCGAAUUUGAAUGAGGAGCUAGGCCAGGUUGACACAAUCCUCUCUGAUAAAACUGGCACCUUAACCUGCAAUCAGAUGGAUUUUCUCAAGUGUUCCAUUGCUGGUACGGCAUAUGGUGUGGGCUCUAGUGAAGUUGAACUUGCUGCUGCCAAGCAGAUGGCUUUUGACCUUGAAGAACAGGAUUCUGAAAUUUCUACUGUUUCUAUGCAUGACAACAGUAGCAGAGUUGGUUUAAGGAUACCUGAGGUCGAACUGGAGACUGUCAUUACCUCCAAAGAUGGAAGGGAUCGGAAACCUGUUAUAAAGGGGUUUAGUUUUGAGGACAGUCGUCUCAUGGGUGGAAAUUGGAUUAAUGAUCCCAAUGCAAAAGUCGUUUUGUUAUUUUUUAGAAUACUAGCACUUUGUCACACUGCGAUCCCUGAGCCAAAUGAAGAAACUGGUAGUUUCAACUAUGAAGCUGAGUCGCCAGACGAAGGAGCUUUUCUUGUUGCUGCGAGAGAAUUUGGUUUUGAGUUCUGUAAAAGAACCCAGUCAAGCAUUAUCAUUCGUGAAAGAGAUCCUUCCAGUGGACAACCAGUUGAAAGGGAGUUCAAAAUUCUCGGUUUGCUGGAUUUCACGAGCAAAAGAAAGAGAAUGUCUGUAAUUGUGCGGGAUGAGGAUGGGCAGAUUCUUCUCCUGUGCAAAGGUGCAGACAGCAUCAUCUUUGAACGGCUAUCAAAGAAUGGAAAGAUGUAUGAGGAAGCUACCAGGAGGCAUCUGAAUGAAUACGGUGAAGCUGGUUUGCGAACAUUGGCUCUUGCUUAUAGAAGGCUUGAAGAGUCUGAAUAUUCUUCUUGGAGCAGCGAGUUUCACAAAGCAAAGACUUCUAUUGGGGUUGACAGAGAGGCAAUGCUUGAACGGGUAGCUGAUAUGGUGGAAAAGGAUUUGAUCCUUGUUGGUGCAACUGCUGUAGAGGACAAAUUGCAGAAAGGGGUGCCUCAGUGUAUUGACAAACUCGCACAAGCUGGUCUGAAGAUCUGGGUUCUGACAGGGGAUAAGAUGGAAACUGCAAUCAACAUAGGAUUUUCAUGUAGUUUACUACGACAGGGCAUGAGACAGAUCUGUAUAACAACAAUUAAUUCUGAUUCCAAGGAGACUUUGUUGGUGCUGGUUACUAAGCAGGCUGUGAAAGAGAACAUUUUGAUGCAAAUCACUAAUGCCUCUCAAAUGAUCAAGCUGGAAAAAGAUCCUCAUGCUGCAUUUGCUUUAAUUAUUGAUGGGAAAACUCUGACUCACGCUUUAGAGGAUGAUAUGAAGCAUCAAUUCUUGGAUUUAGCUGCUGACUGUGCAUCUGUCAUAUGCUGUCGUGUCUCUCCUAAGCAGAAGGCACUGGUGACAAGGUUAGUAAAAGAAGGAACUGGAAAAACCACCUUAGCAAUUGGUGAUGGUGCAAAUGAUGUUGGAAUGAUUCAGGAAGCAGACAUUGGUGUUGGCAUCAGCGGGGUUGAAGGUAUGCAGGCUGUGAUGGCUAGUGACUUCUCUAUUGCUCAGUUCCGGUUUCUAGAGAGACUUCUGGUUGUUCAUGGACACUGGUGCUAUAAGAGGAUUGCUCAAAUGAUCUGCUAUUUCUUCUACAAAAACAUAGCUUUUGGCCUCACCCUCUUCUACUUCGAGGCAUUUGCAAGCUUUUCUGGGCAAUCCAUUUAUGACGAUUGGUAUAUGAUAUUAUUUAAUGUCAUUCUUACCUCUCUGCCUGUCAUUUCCCUUGGGGUUUUUGAACAAGAUGUGUCAUCUGAAGUAUGCCUACAGUUCCCUGCACUUUAUCAGCAAGGGCCAAGAAAUUUGUUCUUUGACUGGUAUAGGAUAUUUGGGUGGAUGGGAAAUGGUCUCUAUUCCUCCCUUAUAAUAUUCUUCCUCAACAUUAUCAUCUUCUACGACCAGGCUUUCCGUGCUGGAGGCCAGACUGCUGACAUGGCUGCUGUUGGCACCACCAUGUUCACUUGCAUCAUUUGGGCUGUCAACUCCCAGAUUGCACUCACAAUGAGCCAUUUCACAUGGAUCCAACAUCUCUUUGUCUGGGGCAGUGUUGCCACUUGGUACUUGUUUCUUUUACUCUAUGGCAUGCUUUCACCAACCAUUUCUGGGAAUGCCUUUCAAAUUCUCGUAGAAGCUCUUGCGCCUGCACCAAUUUACUGGUGUGCCACCCUUUUAGUAACAGUUGCUUGCACUCUCCCUUAUUUUGCCCACAUAUCUUUCCAACGAUCGUUUAAUCCAAUGGAUCAUCAUAUCAUCCAAGAAAUCAAGUACUACAAGAAGGAUGUCGAGGAUCAACGCAUGUGGACUAGAGAGCGGUCCAAAGCAAGACAGGAAACAAAGAUAGGUUUCACGGCAAGGGUGGAUGCAAAGAUCAGGCAGUUGAAAGGGAAGCUGCAUAAGAAACAUUCCGCUUGUGCACAAACAGCAGCAUCCCAAUCGUAACCAUAACAAUGUGCUUUCUUUUUUGGUUUCGUUUUUUUUUUCCCCUUCGGGUUUCUGGCCUUCUGCAAUUUUAUGUAGUGGUCCUUCGUUAAUUCAUUUCUUGGUAUUUUUUGUCUGGUUUAGCGGGUUCAGUUGGGAGUCCAUUCUUUAAACCAAAGCACUGAAGCUGUUGUAUGUACAAUAUUUAUGAGGUUUGAUGAGUAUAGCUUGUGAAAAAUAGUUUAAACCUA